UAAACUUGGUCAGACAAAUUUCAUAACAGAAAAGAUUUAUUUGUCGGAAAGAAAAUGACUGUGUUUUAUGCAGUAAUAUUGUGGCUUACAGUAGCUAUUUGUGCUUAUCAUGGUUACGUGAAUAAUACGUUGGAGCCUGCUGCCCGACAACUGCUAGAUUUCAAACUGGACCAUCCGAAACCUAUUGGAAUUUUAACUACAAUGGCUGGAAAACCAGUGGAUAUAAGAGAUACAACUACUUUGAAUAAUGAUGCUCUCACCUCAAAUGAAUAUUUUUUGGACGAUGUAAUGCAUACCACUGCGGAAAGAAUACCCGAAAGAGUAGUACAUGCUAAAGGAACGGGCGCAUUUGGUUAUUUUGAAGUAACUCAUGAUGUAUCCAAAUAUACAAAAGCUGAUGUCUUUAAUGGUAUUGGUAAAAAAACUCCUGUAGCCGUUAGAAUGUCGACCGGGUUAGCAAGUAAAGGAGGAAACGAUAUCGCCAGGGAGAUAAAAGGUUUCGCCAUAAAAUUUUAUACAAAUGAAGGCAAUUUGGACUUUUUAGGAUUGAAUGUUCCUAUUUAUUUCUACACAGAUCCUUCAUUAUUCAGUCAAAUUCUUCAUGUUUUUAAAAAAAAUCCACGUACAAAUUUAUUAGACAUAACGGCACAAUGGGAUUUUGCAACUUUAAAACCCAUUCUUUUACAUGGAUUGUUUUGGUUCUAUUCAGACUAUGGAUCUCCAAAUGGAUACAGAAAGAUGGAUGGAUUUCCAAUACACGCUUAUGAAUUGAGUAACAAGCAUGGAGACAGAUAUUUUGCUAAAUUCAAUUUUAGGACUGAACAAGGUUUGGAAAAUCUGACAACAGCCGAAGUAGCGGCAAUAACUAGUCAAGAUCUGGACUACGCCACAAGAGAUCUGUACAAUAAUAUUGCUUUAAAAAAUUAUCCAUCGUGGCGAAUUGAAAUGGACGUUAUGACAUCACAUGAUAUUACCAAUGUUGAUUACAAUCCCUUUGAUGUGACGAGAUUAUGGAAAAAUGGCACUUAUCACACAGUACAAAUAGGUCGGUUAGUACUUGACAGGAACCCUGAUAACUUUUUUGAAGCUGUAGAAUUAAGUGCAUAUAAUCCUGGCAGUUUAGUUCCUGGCAUUAACAGUCCUCCAGAUGCAAUUUUCAAAAGUAGAAGACUAAUUUACAGGGAUACACAAAAUUAUCGGUUAGGCAUUAACCAUAACAGAAUUAAUGUAAACGCACCGAAAUAUCUUAAGACAUAUAACCGUGAUGGAGUACCACCAGUGAACGAUAAUAUGAAAGACGUACCGAAUUAUUAUCCAAAUUCAUUCAGUGGUCCUGUGCCUUUCAUUGACGAGUCCCGUCCUAAAGAACGAAUUAUUGUAUUCGACAGUAAUGCAGUUGACUUGGAGUCUUCUUCUAAUUUCUAUAAAUAUAUUUUGAACGAUGAAGGUAAAAAACAAAGAUUUAUUGAUAACAUUGUCUCGUCACUUAUCCCGGUGGUUCCGGCAGUUCGAGAAAAAGUCCUGAAACUACUUACGCUUGUAGACUUGGAAUUAGGUAUAAGAGUUCGUGUAGGAGUAACAGCAGCUAGAGCAAGAGUAAGAGAUGAAUCUUUGUUGACAAUUCAUCAUUAAAUAUUAUAAAGUUAUCCUACUCCCUAGUAUAUCCAGAAUAUACUAAUAUCAUUUUGUAGGAUAUGUAUGUUAUAAUUCCCUAUUUAUCAGAAUGUUUAAAUAUGCUUGUAAACUUGAAAUUAGAUGCAAGUAUUCAUAUAGGUUUAAUUGUAGCAAGCACGCGGAUUAGGCUAAGAU